CAAUCCCAUAUCAUCAUGUCAGUAGCAUCGCCUCGUCCGUCGGUGUCUCUGUCCUCUCGCCGGACAUCAAUCGAUACAACGACAUCCACUACAUCCAAGACAGCAUCUCAAGCCGCCGAACGAGGCUCUCUCCGCCGCAACCGCGCAGCUCUCCGCGAUUACUACAAUCUCAAAACCAAUUCUCCUUCCGGUGCACAAGAGCUGUUCACACCUGCCACGCCCUCUCUCGAUCCCGACCAAGAAUCCGAACUCGACAAACCCGGCUUCGAACCCGAACAAUAUGUCCAGAAUCUCCUCACCACCGAAGACUUAUAUGGCGUGCUCCGCAUCGAAGCCAGUCUAGUCUCCGACAUUCGAAACCUCGAUGGAGAGAAGAAAGCACUGGUAUACGAUAACUAUUCUAAGCUGAUAACAGCUACGGAUACGAUCAAAGCUAUGAGGGAGAAGAUGGAUCCCAUGAUGCCGGGCACGAGUACACUGGGACCAGCGAUUGGACAUAUUGCUGAAACUGCGGCGGGCUUGAAGAGGGAGAUGAGCGAAGCGAGUGCGGGUGGAGAGGUCGCGAAAAUUGAACAGAGGAGGAAACAGCAGGAGUGUGUGAGGUGGGUUUUGGGAAGUCCGGACAGGUUGAGGGAGCUGAAGAGAGAGGGGAGAGACGAAGAAGCGGACGAAGAAUGGGAUAAAGUCAACAGAGUGCUUGAAGGAUGGAAGGGUGUGAAAGGUGUUGAAGAUGUGAGGAGGGCUUGCCUGGAGGUGCUGGAAGAGAGUGACGAAGGAUGAACCGCGUUAUCUGCACGACUGAGCGCAUCUUACCAUUAACCCGGACUCGCCGCCACGAGUAUGAUGACUUGAUUGCUCUAGGAUAUUGCUGCCCACAGCCCUGGGCACGAUUCGACAUGGUCACCGGGUCUUGACACUCAGGCCGCCUCUUUGCACUGCACGCCUCGAAGCCGCAAGCGCAGCACGCUUUUCGAUCUCACCUUGGACCAACCCUUCCAACAACAUUUCGCCAGGUGGAACAAAUGCACAUCGCUUGGAAGUAUACUCGAUUCGGUCAAUUCCCAAUGCACGGAGCGUGGGAGGACCGCGAGUAUUAAUUCUGAUUGCCUCCAUCCGGGAUCACAAGAUUGUUCUCAAGCACAUGAUCGUCUGGCCCCAUGGACAUCGCAAACUAUUCGGAGAAAGCGUAGUGCGUCACAGCCGCAGAUUAGGAAAUCGCUGCGCUGGACGUUGGCCGAGCGCGGCCUAUCCACAUGAAACGGCGCUCUAUUCUUGGCUGCCAGAUUUGAUCUUGGAAGCUUGGAAUACCACGCCGAUACGGUAGCAUUCACCUGCCGAACGGGG